UGCGAACUUUAAGGGCGAGGACUAUAAAACGGUGGGCCUGAUCUGAACAUGGCAUCAGUUCAUCAAUCGAGCUCUUCUAAUCAGUACCAACUAAUCAAGUAGAAAAACAUAAUCAUCAUGUACAAGGUCUCCGUCUUCCUUGCCCUCGUUGCUGCCUGCAACGCUGGUGCCCCCCUCGCUUACGCUGGAGGAUACGCUGCCCCCGCAUACGCCGGAUAUGCCGCCCCAGCUUAUGCUGCACCAAUUGCCCGAGUUGCCGCUCCCUUGGCUUAUGCUCAACCAAUUGCCCGAGUUGCUGCUGCCCCACUCGUCGCCAAGACCGUCGUCGCUCAACCCGAACCAUUCGACCCCCACCCACAAUACAACUACGGAUACUCCGUCUCCGACGCUUUGACCGGUGACUCCAAGACCGCCUCCGAGACCCGUGACGGAGAUGUCGUCAAGGGACAAUACUCCCUCGUCGAGCCUGACGGUGCCAUCCGAACCGUCACCUACACCGCUGACCCCGUCAACGGAUUCAACGCCGUCGUCGACCGAUCUGCCCCAGCUGUGACCAAGGCUGUCGUCGCUGCCCCAGCCCCAGUCGCCUAUGCCGCCCCAGCCGUCGUCCGAGCUGCCCCAGUCGCCUACGCCGCCCCAGCCGUCGUCCGAGCUGCCCCAGUCGCCUAUGCUCAACCCGCCAUCCGCGCCUACGCUCAACCCGCUGUUGCCGCUUAUGCCGCCCCAGCCAUCCGCGCUUACGCCGCUCAACCCGCCCUCGUCCGAGCUGCUCCAGCUUUCGCCGCUCCAAUUGCCCGAAGCUACGGUGGUGCCGUUGUUUCCACCAACUUCGGAUCUCCCUAUGCUCAAUAUGCCUAUUAAACUAUUUUAAAUUCCCCCCCACCCCCAAAACAUCAAAUAUUAUUAUUUAACCCCCUCCCGUUCUCGAGUCACUUUUUAGUGUAAAUUUUGCUCAAAUGUAGUACUCUUUCUUUUCCAUUGGUAAAUAUCUUCUUCUGUCCGACCUGUUGGAUUUGACUAUUUGUUACGGUUAAUAAUUUGCUUGCUUGUGUUUUUUUUCCGAAAAAUCACUGCUAUCUGUUGUGUUUGUUUGUGUUUCGAGUUUUGAGUCUGAGCUUACAACUUUUUUAUCGAAUAAUCUGUGUUACAAGUGUAUUUAUUCUUUUGUUACCUUACCUUCUCUUCGACUACUCGAGUCUUACUUGUGAGUACCUCGCCUGAACAAAAAGAGCUCUUUUUACGUGAUGAAGAAAUAAAGAAUUUAUUAUUAUCUGCAAAAUAA